AUGCGUCUUAGCUAUUUCCUGCUCGCGACUGUGGUGGCCCUCGCCGCCACUCCCGUCUCGGCGGCCUCCGAUCUGACCACGACGGACUCGGGCAAGCGAUUCCUGCGCAGCACCGAGUCGAACCAAGAGACGGAAGCCUUGGACUCGGCGGAUGAAGAACGACGGGUCAACCCGUUUCCCAACCUCAAGCUCAAGAUUCCAGAGAUAAAACUCGACAAGCUCAAGGUUCCAUUUACGAAGAAGGCCCCUGUGACCGCCUACUCGCACCCGCUGCUCCGUCCGCUGGACGAGGUCCUGGCUUCGAUUAAGCCGCCUCAGCUCAACAAGAUGGGUCAGAACCUGCAGAGACAAAUGGACGAGAACAUCAUCGCCAAGAGCUUCGUCAACCAGUUCAUCGACGAGCAGUGGCCGCUGCAAACCCUCAAGCAGAACAUGGGCAUCACCAGGAAAACGCCCAAGGACUCGGAGCAGUACCUCGCGUACAUCCUGCUGAUACAGGUCCGGUCUUACAACAACGUCCAGGCCAAGACCGGGUGGGCCACCAAGUCCCUAAAAUGGAAACGCUCGGUGGACAAGGUGGUGCCGACCCUCAAAGCCGAGGACGCGCGCAAGUUUGGCAAGGAUCUCCAGGCCAAGCUCGAAAGCAACCCGCUCGCCAAGGCCUUCGCGGAGCAGCACAGAGGCCAGGACUGGAGCAUGCCGCUGCUCGUCAAGCAGCUCGGCAUCACGACAGAAACGCCCAAGUACGCGGACGAGUACGUGGCCUUGUGGCUGCUACGUGACGUCCAGGCAUGGAACAAGGUCGGCAAGUUUAAGAUUUAA